AUGGAGACAACUCUAUCUACCGACAAAGAGCGCCAUGGCGGCGUGGACCUCGAAAACGGCUCCCCGUCUUCUCCAAGCUUACCCGUGUCGACUCGACUACGGGCGUGGUUGACGACGGACAUCGACACGAGGUGGGCGGACACGGUUCUUCUGGGGUGUUUCUUCGUGACGGGGAUGGUGGACUCUGUGGCGUUCAAUACAUGGAACUCGUUUGUCGGGAUGCAAACAGGAAACACCAUCUUCGCCGGUCUAGGCGUCAGCGACCUCCCGGGCACCGUGCCUCGACACACGUGGACGAAAUCGCUGGUGGCCAUCCUAUCGUUCUGCGUGGGGGCGUUCUGCUUCUCUCGAUACCACCGGCACCUGGGCGCGGUGAAGCGGUGGGUGGUGGCGUCGUCGUUCCUCGCGCAGACGGCGUUGAUGGUGUUGACCGCGGCGCUGAUUUCGGGCGGGGUGGUGAGUAAGACCGGCAACGUCGAGAGCCACGGGGACGGACGCCGGGGCACGUUCCCCUGGCACGAGCUGUGUCCCAUCGCGUUGCUCGCCUUCCAGAGCGCGGGUCAGAUCGUGGCGAGCAGGAUGCUCAAGUUCAACACCCUGCCGACCGUGGUGCUGACGAGCUUGUUCUGCGAUCUCAUGGCCGACCCGGGCCUGUUCACGGCCGGGUUGCUCGACGACCCGGACCGGAACAGGCGCGCCGCGGGGAUCGUCUUGUUGUUCUGCGGCGCCGCCGUCUCGGGCGCCCUGAUCAAGUCCUCGGUCGGGUAUCAGGCGGCGUUGUGGGUGGCGACCGGCGUCAAGGGAGCCAUGGUGUUGGCGUGGCUGGUUUGGAGUCCUAAAAGGCAGCAAGUGUAG